CAGACUCACAUCCAGACUCUCACCCAGACUCUCACCCAGACUCCGACUUACACUCAGACAACGACAACACCACAUCCAAGGACGAAUGACCCAUCUGGAACCCUUUCUCCAGCAAGGUCCCACGGGCGGCGACCAUGUUGCUGGCCUGGAAGAGCUCCGGCGCGUGAUCUUGCUGGACGGCAUACCGGCCAACAGCGACGGCAUGUCGGAAUUGCGCAUCUACGUCUGGUUGAUACUGCUCAACGCCCCGCCCCUCAACACCGACACCUAUCUGGAUCUGGUGAAGCUCGGUGCCUCGCCUGCAUAUGCCAAGAUUCGAAAUGAUACCUUUCGCACUCUGACCACGGAUCCGCUGUUUCGAAGACGCGUGACCGAGAACAGCCUGACCCGCGUCCUCAAUGCCGUGGCCUGGAAGCUCAAUGACGCCGACGAGUCGCGCAGGACUGGAUGCAUCUCGCCACCCGCCUUGGGCAUUCCCAAGAGUCUCGACGGCCACGACUUCCACUCUCCCAGCUCCGUCAGUACGCGCGACACCCUGGGCUCCGUGGCAUCCGUCACCGAUGCGAGCGACCCCGGGGACCUCAGCAAGACGCACAUCGGAUACGUCCAAGGCAUGAAUGUGAUGGCUGCGCCCUUUUUGUAUGCUGCGCGGAGCGAAGCAGAGGCCUUUGCCGCCUUCACUCGCUUCAUCGUCCAUGAAGUCCCGGGCUACGUCCGAGGAAGCAUGGACGGCGUCCACAAAGGCCUCGCCCUGAUUGACCAGAUUCUGCCCAUUGUAGACCCCAAACUAGCCUCGCAUCUGGCUUCGAAAGGCAUGAAAGCAGAAAUCUACGCCUUUCCCAGCGUACUGACCCUCUGCGCCUGCACACCACCACUACCAGAAGUGCUGCAGCUAUGGGACUUUCUGUUUGCCUAUGGACCUCACUUGAAUCUCCUCUGCAUCGUCUCCCAGCUGGUAUUGGCACGAGAGUCGCUGUUGAACAGCGCUACUCCCAAGCCAGACUUCAAGCCAUUGAGGGCACGCCAAGUCAUCGACUACACGGUCAGCUUUGUCCGGAAGAUUCCAGGCGAUCUCUAUGAUCAAAUGCUCAUUCACGCAAAGUGAGGAACUCGUACAUGACUGGAUCGGGCAGAUCCAGGGCUCUUGUUUGCUUGUACAGCACCAACAAGGACCGAUAUCAAGGUAGCGCGGUUGCGCUCGCACUCGUCCAAUACCAAGGACCUCACUCGACAAAAUCUUCGUCGUCGACGAGGAAUUGCAUCCUGUCAAGCAUACACGAUUGACGAAUCCUCCAACAUGUGUCACAAGAACGCAAACAGAAUGGUAGAAACCACGAUUCAAUCUCAAAAAAAGGCAUCGGGACCGCUUGCCAUGAGCUGAUUCCAGUCAGUCGAGUAGCACCCCUACAGCUUACGGCAGCGAAAUACAUGACUGGGGCGGAGACAGCUUCCUUUACAACCCCCCUGGUCGCAAAUUCGGAUUGUUGGGUCGAGAACUCGACCUAUUAUGUCCCACGGAUUCCAGUGACAUAUCGACCAUCUCACAGACAGAGAGGGAGGGGAGCUUCACUGCAGCAAAAUCAUGACGAUAAGUGUAUACGAACAACUUUGGACUUUCUGGCCGGAGAACAAUGAACGCGACGACCUGUGGUACGGAUAUCAGCGAAAGAAGAAGACGAAUUCGCUCUGUACUUUAUUGUAUUGUACUGUAUUAUAUAUUGUACUAUUACCAACCUGAGUUAACCAA